AUGUACAUCACUCUCUACUAUAUAGUCACCCGCCUCCCUAACUCCCUUCGCGUAGUCAGGGACCACUUCCUCUCAGUCUAUCCCACCACUCUCAUUGUUGACCUCCUAGAGAAGGCCCUCCUAGCAGCGGAGAAGAGCAUAGUCGCUCUAGGAGCCUCUCGUGGUGACCCUCGCACCCCCAUCUUUGAGGGGUGUUCCCCUUCCUCCCUGUUGCCCUCUGUCGCCUCUGCUGCUGCGGCCGACCUCGUUGGUCUUGAGUCGGUCGGUGCGGCGUCUGCCCCUAGCGGGAGACGCCGCUCUGGCAAGGGCAAGGGGGGCAAGGGCGCGGGUGGAGCUAGCGGGGGUGGUGGAGGUGGCGGUGGAGGCGGCGGAGGGAGUGGGGGUGGCGGUGGGAGUGGUGGCGGGGGUGGAGGUGGCGGUGGCAGCAGCGGAGGCGGAGGCGGCGGCAGCGAUAGCGGUGGGAGUGGAGGCGGCGGUGGUGGCGGAGGUGGAGGCGGCGGUGGUGGAGGAGGUGGAGCUGGUCGGGGUGGUGCUUCGCAGCGGAGCAGCUCCGGGGGUGGUCAGCGCCAGCAGCAGCAGCAGCAGCGUUCUCGGGACAUCCCCCCUCCUCAGCAGCUCCGUGAGUGGUACACGCAGCGUCAGCGUGGUGGGGGUUUUGGCCCGUGCACCUACGUCCUUCGCUCCGGCGACCGCGCGGGUGAGCAGUGUGGGAGUGCCCACCCCACCCAGCGCUGCUUUGGCCGCCUGACGGACGCUUGGCGUCAGCAGUUCCCGGAGGCUAGUGAGAUCCCCCGCUGGGGAGAGCUGUCUAGGGCAGGCGUAGCUAUCUAUGAUCUUGACUUUGAUGCUAUCCUUGCUGCCAUGUAUGCUGUGACUAUUAGUGAUGAAGGUGACUGUUACCGGUGUUUCCCGCCCGACCCGGGCAUUGGUACUGCUGCUCUAGGUGCUCGUGAGGCUGCUGCUCUAGGUGCAAGUGCGUCUGCGCCCUCAGGUGCUGGUGAGUCUGUGCUCUUAGGUACCACGUCGGCUUCGGCCUCCCUCACCUUCACACUUGACUCAGGGGCUUCUCGCUCCUUCUUUCGAGACCGCACCACACUCACGCCGCUUGGUCGGCCGGUUGCAGUCUCCCUGGCAGACCCCUCUGGGGGUCCUGUCCUCUCUCACUUCUCCACUGUCCUCCCGUGUCCGGCUGCCCCCUCAAGUACCUUGUCUGGUCUUUACCUCCCCUCGUUCUCUACGAACUUGGUGAGUGGUGCUGACCUGCAGGAUACGGGGGUUCACCUGUUUACUCCUUCGAGUCAGCGGGUGACCCACUGCUCGGACGCUUGCACGGGCCGGCACCUGGCCACCUUUACGCGUCGGCUGGGGUCGAGCCUCUACACCCUGACCACUGGGUCCCCUCCUGUCCCUGCUUCUAACCAGGUAGCUGCGUCGGGUCAGGUGUUUGCUGCAGCGUCCAGGUCCCUCCCUCCCCUUCCUCCGGGGCCUGGUCCUUCCUGUGUCCCCUGUGUCGAGGGGCGGCUCCGGGCUGCCCCUCACUCCUCUCAGUUUCCCCCGACAGAGGCCCCGCUGCAGACGCUUCACAUGGACGUGUGGGGCCCAGCCCGCGUCCGUGGACAGGGUCACGAGCGCUACUUCCUGCUGGUGGUUGACGACUACUCGCGUUACACCACAGUCUUCCCCUUGCGCAGCAAGGGUGAUGUCACUGAGACCUUUACGCUUCCGGACUCUCCACAGGAAAAUGGGAUUGCUGAGCGCCGCAUUGGCAUGGUCAUGGACGUCGCUCGUACGUCCAUGAUGCAUGCGGCUGCCCCCCAUUUUUUGUGGCCGUUUGCGGUUCGGUACGCGGCGCAUCAGAUCAACCUUCACCCCAGGGUCUCCAGGCCGGAGACCUCCCCAGCCUUGCUGUGGACGGGGAAGGUCGGCGAUGCGUCUGCGUUCCGUGUCUGGGGAUCUCGGGCGUUUGUCCGCGACUUGUCUGCGGACAAGCUGUCCCCUCGUGCUGCUCCCUGUGUCUUCCUUGGCUUCCCCCCUGACGCCCCUGGGUGGCAGUUCUACCACCCCACCUCUCGUCGUGUUCUGUCCUCCCAGGACGUCACGUGCGACGACUCAGUCCCAUACUACCGCCUCUUCCCCUACCGCACUCCUUCCCUCCCCCCGCCACCGCACUUCCUUGUGCCAGGUCCCCCCCCGGUAGACCCCCUCCCCCCUCAGGGUCCUGCCCCUUCAGGUGUGUCCCAGGUAGACGCAGUCGAGCCGGUCGAGGUUGCUGGUGACUCUGGUACUGCUGCGGGUGCUGAGCCUGGGGGUGCUGACUCUGGGAGUGCUGCGCGCGUGUGUGCUGAGCCUGGGGGUGCUGAGUCUGGGGGUGCUGCGACUGGGGGUGCUGAGCCUGGGGGUGCUACGACUGGGGGUGCUGAGCCUGGGGGUACUGCGACUGGGGGUGCUGAGCCCGGGGAUGCUACGUCUGGGGGUGCUGAGCCUAAGGGUGCUACGUCAGGAGCUGCUGAGCCUGGGGGUGCUGCGUCUGGAGCUACUGAGCCUGGUGGUGCGGAGCCAGCGGCCGCUGGACCUGCUCGUGUGGCGUCUGGCGGUGCUGGGCCUUGA